AUGGGGUUUAUGGGUAAGAGUGUACUGGUGAGUCUCGUAGCACUUUGGUGCUUCACCUCCUCUGCCUUCACUGAGGAAGUGAACUAUGUGUCUGAAACCCCUUCCUCUGCUCCGGCGCCUGCUCCUUACCACCACGGCCACCACCACCCACACCCUCCCCAUCCCCACCACCCUCAUCCUCACCCUCACCCACACCCACCGGCUAAAUCUCCGGUUAAGCCACCAGUUUCUCCACCAACCAAAGCUCCAGUUAAGCCCCCGGUUUACCCUCCGACCAAAGCCCCGGUUAAGCCCCCAACGAAACCCCCGGUUAAGCCACCAGUUUCUCCACCAGCCAAACCUCCGGUGAAACCCCCGGUUUACCCUCCGACCAAAGCCCCGGUCAAGCCACCAGUUAAACCCCCGGUUAAACCACCGGUUUCUCCACCAGCCAAACCUCCGGUUAAGCCCCCAGUUUACCCUCCGACCAAAGCCCCGGUCAAACCUCCGACCAAAGCCCCGGUUAAACCUCCGACCAAAGCCCCGGUUAAACCUCCUGUCUCUCCUCCAACCAAGCCACCGGUUUCACCUCCGGCAAAACCACCGGUGUUGCCGCCGGUUUACCCACCAAAGUUCAACAGGAGCCUAGUCGCCGUUCGGGGUACGGUUUUCUGCAAAAGCUGCAAAUACGCUUAUUCCGACACACUCACUGGCGCUAAGCCCGUCGAAGGUGCUGUGGUGAGACUAGGGUGCAAGGGCAGGAAGUACGUAGUCGCAGAGACAACGACGGACAAGAACGGAUAUUUCUUGCUGUUGGGUCCGAAGACGGUGACGAACUACGGUUUCAGAGGAUGCCGUGUGUAUCUGGUGAAAUCAAAGGACAGCAAAUGCAGCAAAGUCUCCAAGCUCUACGGUGGAGAUGUCGGUGCCGUGCUCAGGCCGGAAAAAGUGCCGGGAAAAUCUAAAGUGGUCGUCAACAAGGUCGUCUACGGUCUCUUUACCGUCGGUCCGUUUGCGUUCAACCCGGUUUGUCCCAAAUGA